UCAGAACCGUUAAUCAUGAUGUUUGAUAGGAAAUUAUACAAUACAGAAAUACACCUUGAAGUAUAUUAAAUCUUCACAAUCAAAAUUUAAUGUUACCAACCUUUUAAUGUUGAUAAUGCAAAACAGGAAACUACAAACAAAUGGAUUUAUCUACAAAACUAAAAUGGUGAAAUUUGAGUGUUUUCAAUAAUGAUUGCAUAGUUCAGUUUUAUGGAAGUUGGAUUAUAGUUAUUUCACAAAACAUGGAGUACCUACAGUUCGACAAAAUUGUGACAUCUCCAGACUCUUCCGAUCCAUCUUUCGAUGACGAUUUUCCUCUUAUGUCCGACGAUAGCCAAGAGGAUUCUUCCUCCCAAGAAGGAUCCAUACAUACAUCACAGCAGAAAGGUAAGAGGAAAAAGGACAGCCCAUUUCACCAGAUUCAGCAGAGAGAAGCAGCAAAUCUACGCGAGAGAAAACGCAUGCAGUCCAUCAAUGAAGCGUUUGAAGGUCUGAGAGCUCAUAUUCCGACACUACCUUACGAGAAAAGAUUGUCCAAAGUGGACACACUGAGACUUGCUAUAGGUUACAUUGGCUUUCUGUCGGAACUCGUCAAGUCCAACGCUGGAACCGCCAAUUCCAACCAGACCGCGUACAAAGAGAAACACCGCAAGGUCAUCAUAAACUGUCAUUAUACCACGCGAGCAGACGACAUCGCACGUGGCUGGCUCCCUCUGGCGGGUCACUCUUUGUCGUGGCGGGAUGAGAAGAACCCGGGCCUCGGGCCAAACCGGACAAUGUUUGCCAAGACUUGGGUACCAGAAGAUCCCACGAAGCACAAAUCCAAGCAGGAGCUCUAUAGUGAAGACGUUGUCCAGGCCGACUCCACCAUCAGCCUGUAGCUGUGAGGAAAAAAGAUCAACAUUUCAAGUCACUCAACUCAGUCCUCAGCCCAAACCCUUUAAGAAAAGAGCAUAAAUUUGAGGUAAAAAUUAGACAUGAGGCUGAGUAUUGACUUGAGGAAAGUUAGUGACGGCUGGGCCUAGGUUCAGUAGGGUGAUAAAUUUUUCUCAGUUAUCUCUUAGUGCAAUGUUUUGAGAUAUAAAUUUACAGCCAGACUUUCAUCGAAAAAUUUACAUUUUUUUAAAUGUUAUGCACCAUUUACCACAGCUUAUGGUCUUCAAGCAAGAUCGCAAAAAUCUUCACAAUUCUACUUCAAUUUUUAAACUCAAACCGGACAUCACUGUCAUCAUUGUUUUAAAACUACUACACUCAUUUCUCAACUCAAAUAAUCAAAUUUGAGGGAUAAUUAAAACGAGAAACAUUGACAACUGCGGGGCCUGUUUUAUAUGCAUGUACAUGUAUAUCAUAUAAUAUUUGAUUUUUAUAUGAUGUGUUAUUGUAUGUGUUAAAAUUAUUUUAUAUUUGGUUAGGUGAACAUCACAGUAAGACUGUCCUUUUUAUGAAAGAAAAUUUUAUGUUAAUUUAAGAUACAUUGUAUUUUUAUUUAUCAAGUAAAAUUUAAAAUGAUAUGUUCUAUGAUUUUUGUAACAUAUUGCCUUAAUGUACGAUGAACAUAGCUAUAUUUGUCUUUCAUUAUUGUUUUCUAGUCAUGCAACUAUUAUUUUUAAUUUAUUCACUUUAUUUCAAGGUAAAUAGUUUACAUUCU